UUUCUUCCUCGCUGUGUUGGCGGGAAAAUAUUCAAAAUAAAUCUUUGUUAGAAAUGCUUUGAUUUCUGGUUUAAAGGGACAGUAUGAGUUCAGGUUCUCGUGGAAGGUAUUUCAGGGGAAGGGGGCGAUAUUUUCGCGGUAAUAGAGCGGGACGCGGGAGCGGAAAUAUACGAGGUGGCCCUCAGGUUUGCAACCAGAAUUCACAAACUAGACCUGCUCUUCGUCAAACAACAUUAACGGAGUGUCCAUACAAAAAUUGGCAUGUCUACUUUCCUGAUGAUGCUUAUAUGCCUGACUCAUCUCUGGACCAAAUGAUUCAAGCUUUUCAACAUUUCAUUGAGAGUCUUUCAGAUGGUUUUUCACAGGAUGAAAUUGAGGCAACUGGUUCAAUGAAAUUUGACUUCAAAGUUCUCUCCUCAAAUGCAGAUAUUUUGGAACAUAUUCCCACCAUCCAUGAUAAUCUCAGGGACAAUCCUGAAAAAACAAUCCAAGCUUUGAGUCUAGCUUCAUAUCAGGUAUUUCUCGCUAGUUAUGAAGCCCUCAGUCAAUCUCCCAUCAAGCCUUUGUUUGAGUUUCCUCAGAUCAAGGCAAGAGUCUACAAUUAUGAUCCACUCACACCAUUGAAAAACCUGAAAGCCAAUUGCUAUGGAAAGUUUGUUGCAAUACGUGGCACAGUUGUCAGAGUCAGCAGCGUGAAGCCUUUAGUGACGCACAUGGCAUUCCUGUGCAAUGUUUGUAAAGAAACACAGGUUCUACUGUUAUCUGAUGGGAAGUACAAACUGCCAACCAAGUGCGAGUCAGACACCUGUCGAGGAAGAAUAUUUGUUCCACAAGAAAGCUCGCCAUUGACGAAAACUAUAGACUGGCAAACAGUGAAAGUUCAGGAGAUUAUUGAUGAUGAUCAACGCGAGACGGGACGCAUUCCACGAAGUAUAGAAUGUGAACUAACCGCAGAUCUGGUUGACAGCGCGAUUCCUGGGGAUGUGGUCAAAAUCUGUGGCAUGGUCAAGGUAUGUGAUGGUGAGGAGAACCAUCGUAACAAAGAAAAGAGUAUGUUUAUGCUGUACAUCCUGGCAAACUCCAUUGAAAACGGCAAAGAUUGUCAAACAGAAUCUGAAAACAGCAGCGGAAUUGCCACCGAAUUCACUCUGAAGGAGUUAUACGCUGUUCAAGAAAUUCAAGCAGAGAAGAAUACGUUCCAACUGAUUGUUGGGUCAUUCUGUCCCAGUAUUUACGGCCACGAGGUAAUAAGCAAUGCAUAUACAACAAAGUUUUUCAACCAAAAAAAGCAAAAUAUUGCGAAAGUUCAUAAAAAAAGUUUAAUGAUAAAAGUGUUUUUGCAGCUGGUUAAAGCUGGACUUAUCUUAGGAUUAUUUGGAGGUUGUCGACGUUACGAAGAUGACAAGAACAACGUCCCGAUCCGAGGUAAUUCUCACGUUCUUGUUGUCGGUGAUCCAGGUCUUGGAAAAAGUCAGAUGCUAAAAGCUGCGUCUAAUCUGGCUCCUCGCGGAAUCUACGUUUGUGGUAACACAACCUCAGCUGCUGGCUUGACAGUGACCGUGACGAAGGAGGGUGGUAGCUCAGGUGGAUACGCUCUAGAAGCCGGUGCCUUGGUUCAGGCUGAUCAAGGAUGUUGUUGUAUUGAUGAAUUUGAUAAAAUGACUAGUCAGCAUGCUGCUUUACUGGAAGCUAUGGAACAGCAAAGUAUUAGUAUCGCUAAAGCUGGCAUGGUAUGCAGGUUACCUGCAAGAACGUCGAUUUUGGCCGCUGCAAAUCCCGCCGGUGGUCACUACAACCUGGCGAGAACCGUCUCUGAAAAUUUGAAAAUGGGAAGUGCUCUUCUAUCCAGAUUUGAUCUGGUCUUCAUCAUACUGGACAAACUAGACGAGGAGAUGGAUUCUAAAAUGUCCGAGCACGUCAUGGCGUUGCAUUCUGGAAAGAAAAGUCCAUUCGAAACGGUCACAGUUCGCCGAAAUACCGAGUCUGAGGCCAGCAAGGAAGACGAUGAUGAGAUACAGGCUCAGUGGGAGGCAGAGAAACCUUUAUCAGAAAGACUGAAGGUUAUUCCUGGCCAUGAUUUUGAUCCAAUACCAAGCCUGCUAUUGAGAAAGUAUAUUGCCUACGCAAGACAGUAUGUCCAUCCAACAUUGUCAGUCGAAGCCGCUGAUGAACUUCAGAAAUUUUACUUGGAUUUACGUCAAAAGCAUCAUUCUCAGCCUCAAAACACUAUUCCUAUCACUACCAGACAACUAGAGUCAUUGAUACGACUUACAGAGGCUAGAUCACGACUAGAACUUCGUGAAGAAGCGACCAGACAGGAUGCGGUUGAUGUUAUAGAAAUAAUGAAGCAAAGUCUUGUAGAUACUUAUACUGAUGAAAUGGGUAAUAUCGAUAGUGAACGCUCACAAAAUGGUUCUGGAAUGAGCAGAAAUGCACAGGCCAAACGCUUUAUCGCUGAACUGAAAAGAAUAUCAGAACUAGAAUAUAAUGCCCUUUUCACUGUUAAUCAAAUGAGAAAAAUUGCAAAAGACCUGAGGUUGGGCAUCACUGAAUUCGAAGAUUUUAUCUGCUCCCUGAACAACCAUAAUUACCUAUUAAAGAAAGGAGCUCGCAUCUACCAGUUACAGACUUCUAGUUAUUUAUAGUCU